AUGACUCAACACAGCUUCUUCUGGUACGCCGUCUUCUGGGCCCAGGUCGUUACCGCCUUUUGGGGAGGAAAGAAGCAGGUGGUCGCCAGCCCCCGCCACGAUUUCAACCUCAGCCCGAUCGAGAUGCUCCAGUCAGGGUCGCAACCCUCUGAGGUCUACACCGUCGCCCUGAGCGAGCUACAAGAUCUCGAGUCCGAGCCCCUCUGCCACAGGAUUGCAGCGAGGCUGCUGGUUGGCAACUGCCAGCUACUCGAUGGGAAGGACGAGGCGACCGUGCUCACGGAUAGCGGUCGGCAGAUUCGGGACUUUGUCGACUCCUACGCCGCGAGCAUGGCAAUCUGCGACCUCGAGCGCGGCAGGUUCACCAUCCCCUCCGUCUGCGACAAAUUUCGCGAACCCACACUCGGCCGGCUGUCACUCGGCGGACAGGCACGGCUCCACGUCAAUUCUCGCGAGAUCGACCAUUGUCUUUCGGGCCUUGCCGCCGAAAACUCGGCGUGGUCGACAUGGGUCAGCUACCGCCACAAAGCUCUGAGAUUCUGCGAGGCUGCGAGGGCAGACCAAGAGAAAGCCCAGAACAUCCUCCUCUACCAGCGCCUCAUCCAAGUGAUGGCGAAGAUGACCCACGGCGUCGAGGUUGAGAUUCAAAAACAUAUGGAAAGUCUCGAGCUUCGAGUGCAAAGAACAGGCGAUGUGAUUGCGAGCCUGGAGCCAGAGCUUGACCGUUUGAGAGAGAAAUUAGCGACGGCCGACAGCUUCAUCACUGACAACCUAGACAUAGCCUUAAGAAGGUCCGGCGAAUCUAUCAGUAACGGCCUCGUGGACGCCGCAAACCUACAGAGAAUACUUGCAGUCAUGAUGCAGACCGUCCUCGACGGUACGUCCCAUGUUGCUGCAGCACAGGAGAGGAGCAUGGAUGUUUUUGUCGAGGGAAGCAAAGACCUCAAUAGAUGGGCCGCGCUUGUGGCCACAGCAUCUGCGUCUGCCUUGUCACUGACCAACGAGAUCGAAUUAUCACGACUUGGACUGCAAGAGCUGUUUGAACGGCAGCAAGCACUCGCCCAAGGCUUGGACACUCUCACUUCUGCAACGGUAACCCUCUCUAUGAGGCAAAACGAUCACGUCCGAUCUUUGUCCGAGGCCCAGAACAUGACCAACGACAUUCUUGGUACUCUAGACGAGGUUGCUUCCACAGCCAUGAUCCUUGAGGAGGCCUCGCAAUCCUUUCUUGGACGGCCAGGUCUCUUCAGAUGGAUGUCCUACAUCGUCAGCCCUGUCGUGACACUGGUGCUAGGGUCGUAUGGCCUUGCGCCUUCGGCAUUGCGCAACCUGGGCCUGGUCGUCCUCGGGGAGGUUUUCGGCUUCCUGCUUUGCCAUUCCGACCGCAUCUUUGUGCCAUGGCGUUUCGUUUCUACGACACAAGGGGUGGGGAACACCACAUCUACCAGCAUUUAG